CUCACCUUCGCUGUUUACUAUUGAGGCUCCCAAGUUGGCUACUGCCGAAAUGCAUUCUCCACUGUAGUAGUUCCUCCCGCGAAUUGGAACUUGCAGCUAUGCCGGAUGAAUGACGGAUAUACAGCAUCCCCCUGACAACGUUACACCAUGAAGGAACUUUGGACUCGCGCAGUGUCCAAGCGGAAGCAGAAGGCCAAGGUCUGCGACGAUCUUGAAGAGUCCCCCAAGCCGCUGGCUCGUGAUGGUGUCGGUCCACUCGUUUUGCGCGACGACUGCGAAGGAAGCGGCAGUGGGGCCGAUCUUGUCUUCGUCCACGGCCUCCGCGGCUCCCGACUCCACACUUGGUCGACAGACAAGAUAUGCUGGCCGCGAGACUUGCUCAAGGAUGAUGUGAAAAACGCCAGGGUUAUCACUUGGGGCUAUGAUUCCAGCGUAGUCAAAGUCUUCCAAUUUGCUAGCGAGGAGAGCAUCUUUGGCCAUGCCGAAACCCUGCUCGCAGAUCUGGCCAGGUGCCGGGCAGGCAUAACAAGGCCCAUCGUCUUCAUCUGCCACAGUCUCGGUGGCUUGGUCGUAAAGGAGGCCUUGAUCAAAUCGGCAACCUACAGCAGCUAUGGGAGACACCCCGGCCUAGGGGAGAUAUACGCCAGUACGAAUGGUGUUAUAUUUCUCGGGACCCCGCACCGUGGAUCUGCAAAGGAGCCACUCGCCCAGGUUGUGGCAAAUGUCGCCAGGUUCUCGUUUCGGCAACCAAACACGCAGCUCCUCCAGACACUGGCGCCCGAUUCUCACAUUCUAGAGAAUCAACGAGAUCAAUUCACAACCAUCUCAGCAAACUUGAGCACCGUGUGUAUUAGGGAAGAGCUCCCAACAGCCAUAGGCCUUAUUGUCCCAGAAGCUUCCGCUUCCUACGACGGCUUCAAUGUCCGCCGCGAUGCCAUCCAUGCGAAUCACAUGGAUAUGGCGAGGUACGACUCCAGAGGGGAUCAAGGAUAUGAGAGAACUCUCAGCCAUAUUAUCGAACUUUGCAGUAUUCAACAAUCCAGAACCGAAAAAGAGAUGGAAAAGAACGAAGAAAGAAAAGAGGAGAUCCUUCAAGCUCUGUCGUUUUUGACAAUGGACGACCGCGAGCAAGACAUCCACGAUGCACUCGACGAGAACUGCUCUUGGAUCCUCGGCCGGCAGCCGACGACUCAGUCAGCACAUGCCGAGUCGUCCCAAUUCCUGGAGUGGGUCAAGAGCGACGAAACGGUAUUCUGGAUCAGCGGCAAGGCCGGAUGUGGCAAGUCGACUUUGAUGAAGUUUAUAUACCACAACCAAGAGACGGCAGCUUCACUCUCUCAAUGGGCGGCUGGAAAAGAUCUGGUAUCCGCGGCAUAUUUCCUGUCGGAUGGCGGCGAUAAGUUACAAAAGUCCCGAGAAGGGUUGCUGAGGAGCUUGCUGUACCAACUCUUGAAAGCCAAUCGCCACCUUAUACCCGCUGUCUUCAAAAGCCUGUUCGUGAGCGCGUCGCCGAUACCGAUCUCCUUCACUACCUGGAGCAAACUCAGCACCGCAUUCAAGUCGACUCUAGACCAGCUCGGAGACACCAAAGUCUGCAUCUUCAUCGAUGGUUUGGAUGAAUACCGCAUGAUCGACAGAAUGGAAGAAUAUGCAGAGAAGGACCUACACCUCCAGUACGACGGCCCCAGCGAAGACGACGGCUGGGGCUACAGCGUCAGGCUCCAGGACGGGCACCGGGAAAUCGCUAUGUUUCUCCGCGGGCUCUCUGCGCGCCCGAACGUGAAGGUCUGCAUCUCCAGCAGGGAGCUGGUCAUUUUUGAGCAGCUGUUCCGGAAGUUCUCCAGAGUUCGGGUACACCAACACACGGCCGGGGCGAUCCAGCAGUACUGCGAAAGGCGCCUAGAAGAGGAAGCCCCCGAUCUCGCGAACCGCUCGGAAUUUGUGACCUCGAUCACGGAGAAGUCCCUCGGAGUCUUCUUGUGGGUGCGACUCGUCGUCGAUAUGUUGGUCCGGGGCAAGGCCGACGGGAAUUCCAGGGAAGAACUGUGGAAGACGCUUCGCAGCCUUCCUCCCAGGCUAGGCGGGAGGGAUGGCCUCUACGUCCGGAUGCUCCAAACAAUCAACCGAGAAUAUCUGCCAGAGUCGAAGAGGCUGUUUCAUCUCGUCUUGGAGUGGGAGGCUUACGGUUACGGGCCACGCCAUCUCGACAUCAUCUCACUCUUCCUUGCGGAAGAGGACUUCGUCAGACUAGGCCGCAAGCAGGAGGUGCUGGCCAAAGACGAUGCAUUUCUGCCCCGGAGCUGGGAGGACUUUCAACCUCGCUGGAUGGAACUGCAAAGUCGUCUUAAGAGUCGAUGUGCUGGGCUCAUCGAAGGGACAAAGGAGGUGCGGUUCAUGCACCAAACCGCAAACGAGUUCAUGUCGAGACCCAACGUGUGGGAGACAUUUUUCCACGAACCCCGUGAUGUCCUCAACGGACCGAGCGCGAGCCUGGCCUUCCUGAGCGCAAUCAUUCGGCGGCUUAAAUGCUGUCAAGAGGCCACGCUGAAGGCGCCAGUUCCGUGCCACGGCUCGGCUCCGUCGGUGCGCGACUCGAAUAUGUCGGCGAAAGAUUUGGAUAUGUUGGCGAAAGACUCGGAUGUGUCGGCGGAAGACUCGGAUACGCCGGCGGAGGGCUGGGUCGAUACAUUUGGCGAUAUCCUUCAAGUUUCUGGCCCCUGCUGCCCUCUCCUAGAGACGGCCUUGGAUUGGGCCUCGAACCUGGAGUCAUCUGACGAGCAUAUCAACCGCUACAUAGAUCUCCUCGAUGAGCUAGACGUCACCGCCGAACAUCUAACCAGAUCUUGGAAAGAACAGUUCCCACAGUUCGCCGAUCGAAGCUGGCUCGAAUUGUUCACGAAACCCUGGAGCGGACACCUGGAACUGUGCACCCAGCCGAGGACCUUCUUGGAGUAUAGCAUUCCGAGAAGACUUACUCGGUAUGCCGAAUCAAAGAUUAGAGGAAGCAACAUACCCCGACCUCAGUUACAGUCUCUUCUAAUACAAGCGUCGAGGCCCAUGCAAACAAGCUGGAGGGGUCCAUCAAGCAUAAUCAUGGUGCGUGUCAACCUGACUAUUAUUAAGCUCCUUUUUGAAGCCGGCGCGGAUCCAAACUAUCAAGAGCAGGGACCAAGUGAGUCAGCGGUGCCAGAGGAAGGAUUGACGACAUGGGUAAAACUACUUCAAACCUGGGUUCGUCCUCAGGCCGAACAAUUUGAGGACGACUUUCCUUCCGCUGUGAAGCUUUUCCUCCAAUACAACGCCGAUAGGACGGUCAGGUGGUAUACCUGGAGGGAGGGGAUGUCAAAACAAGUCGUUACGCCGGAGAGUGCCAUCAAACAUAUCCUAUCCAGUGGUGGUCAGGAUAAGGCGUUGCGGGAGAUCAUGGAGCUGCUAGGUGAAACAGACCAAGAUCUGACGGCUGGGCAAGCGACUGCUGCUGGAAUAUUGGCCGAGCAUAACAAAGCAGAAUAGACACAAUCCAAGGUCCGGUGCACCACUGUGUUGGGUUUGUUACUCGAUACAAUUUGGCUACGGAGGAAUAUAUGCAUGCACUUUGAGCUCCGCACAGUACAUUCAGAUAUGCUCCUACCAUACGGCGCAGCAGAGCAGUCCACAUUUCCUUCAGAAGUACUAGGCAUAUGGAAUAUCUUAACCCUAAGAGAAGUACGGACGUGGGAAGAUGCCUCCCAUGAUAUAUAUAUAAAUAUAAAAUACCAUGCUGA